GGGUGGCUGAUCGGUUUUAAAGCCCACCCGACAAAGUUGGAUUGCUUGUCGAUCUCAACUUCCUCAGUUCUCUCUUGUUCAAGAACAACGCGGAAUGGAUAAGGAUCAAUUAAAUGAAGUAAUGAACCAAAUGGUGGUUCAUGUCUGAACUCUCCCAAGCUUUCAUUACAACUGCAUCGAGUUCCAUUCAUCAUUAUAAAAAGAGCAAUUUGAAAUACGGAAGUCGGAAGGUGGGAGGAUCAAUGACUAUGGUUCAGUCGGACCUCCAGUCGGUACUGCAAAUUGCCUCCAAUUUCUGUUACCUUAACCCGAUUCCCUUGAGCUCGAAGCCUGAGUCCCACAUCGCCGUGUAUGGAGGAAAUGCAACUCGUAUGGAGUCGUUAAGGUUGAGGUUAGGGCCGAGAGUAAAGGCUUUCUCUUCCGUUGAAAGCGAGGUGGUCACCCAUAGGACCACCAAACCGUCCGUAUGUACGGCCGACGAACUUCACUACGUCUCUACCCCAAACUCUGAGUGGAAGCUCGCUCUCUGGCGCUACAUUCCUUCUCCCAAGGCGCCUCCGAGAAAUCACCCCUUGUUGCUUUUGUCUGGGGUGGGGACUAAUGCCAUUGGAUAUGAUCUCUCUCCUGAGUCUUCAUUUGCACGUUACAUGGCAAGCCAAGGAUUUGAUACUUGGAUUCUUGAAGUUCGAGGUGCUGGAUUGAGCAAACAGAAACAGGACCGAACUGUUAAUCCCAUUGUUUUGGUAGACUCUAAGAUUACUGCUAUCAAAGGAAACAGAAAGGAGACUAUCAGGGAUGAUUCACAACUGGUGGAAAAGUUGACAGAAACUUUUACACGUUUGUCAGAAAGACUCUCAGGCUUUCUUAAUGAAGGUCUAUCAAAGGCUAUGUUUGCUAAGUUAUUUGAUCGAAUAUCCAAACUUUUAGCAGAUGCUCAAUUAUCUCAACACUUUAAUGAGAUCAGAGGAAAACUUUCAGGUUUACUGGAAGCAAGGAAAAACUCAGCUAUUUCUAGUCAUAUCAAGGACUUGAGUCAAAGACUUGUAAACAUUAUUGGAGAAGGCCAACGAUCUGUGUCACCACAGUUGUUUGACUUGCAUGAGCGUUUUUGGACAAUGAUAGAAGAUUUUCAGAAACAGCUUGACCUGAUUGUGAAAUUUGAUUGGGACUUCGAUAACUACUUGGAAGAAGAUGUUCCUACAGCGAUGGAGUAUGUAAGGGCACAAAGCAAAUCAAAGGAUGGUAAAUUACUAGCAGUUGGUCACUCCAUGGGCGGUAUCUUGCUAUAUGCUAUGUUAUCACGAUCAGGAUUUGAGAGAAGAGACUCUGGAUUGGCAGCAGUUGUUACUUUGGCAUCAUCACUCGACUACACACCUUCAAGAUCAUCACUCAAAUUACUCUUGCCCCUUGCAGAUCCUGCUCAGGCUCUUAAUGUUCCUGUUAUUCCCCUGGGGGCAUUGCUAGCAGCUGCUUAUCCCCUUUCUUGUCAUCCUCCUUAUGUACUGUCUUGGCUUAAUGCUCAGAUAUCAGCUGAGGACAUGAUGCAUCCUGAGUUGUUUGAAAAGCUUGUCUUGAACAAUUUUUGUACUGUACCUGCUAAGCUUCUCUUGCAGCUAACAACAGCUUUCCAAGAGGGUGGAUUACGUGACAGGAGUGGCACUUUCUUCUACAAGGAUCAUCUACACAAAAGCAACGUCCCUGUCUUGGCAUUUGCUGGAGACCAAGACCUGAUAUGCCCACCUGAAGCCGUUUAUGAAACUGCCAUGAUCAUUCCUCAGCAUUUGGUUACAUACAAAAGACUUGGACAAGUAGGUGGCCCUCACUAUGCGCACUAUGAUUUGGUGGGAGGGCGUUUGGCGGUGGAACAAGUGUAUCCUUGCAUAAUUAAGUUCCUAAGUCGUCAUGACGUAACAUGAUUUUCCAGCACACGUCCCAGGAAACAUAAUCGUCUAUUACCCAUCUCUCCACACUUCAUCUAUGUAGAGUACUUUGUAUCAUACUCUUGUCAUGCAAAGAAAAUCUGUCAGAUGAACAACUCGAACUGGCAUGGAGAAUCCAAAAUUCUGAUCAUGUUUAUUAUGUACAUGGAACGAUACAAAAAAAGGAAGUGCUGGCAUGUAUUAGAUCACUGUUGUAUCAAACUAUCAAUUAUUUUAAAUGUGACAUUUGCUCAGAAAUAUGGGUCUAGUUUACAGAGAUAUUUUACUUGGUUCCAUCUUUGGUUGUUUCAAUCCUCAUGGAGGAUCUAUGUAACCCAAGAUUUUUGAAGAGAAUGAACCCAAUGACUUAGUAAAAAGGUGUGUUUAGAAGAAAUGAUAAUUUUUUUUGGGAAUUGGGGUCAUUGAAACUUGGAGGAGAAGCUUUGAGGCAUGUCUAAAGAUAUGGUCUUUAUAAUGUAAUUUGCCCCAUUCAGUUUUAUUGAGUUUGCUAUUAUGUUACAGGCAAAUUCAUUCCUAGGAUACAACAGAACAUUGGGUGAGAAUUUACAACCAGCAAAGUUGAAGAGUCUUCGAAGAAACCUUUUAUGAGAACAGCAAAUAGGGUUGAGAGAGACGAGUGAUUUUUUGAAAAAAUUUUUUUGUGUAUUUAUGUGCUUGAUUCACAUUCUUUGUAUAAUUUUUGGAGUCAUUUUGAAGAGGAAGGUGCGAAUUCAAGAAA